AUGGCACCAGACAUCCCUGUCAACCACACUGAUGCUGAUGACUUGCAUCCCUGUUAUAAAGUAGAUAAGGUCUCUUACAUGGUAAUAAGCACCCCUUCCACACUCUGUGUUUUACUGUGCAUAUUUCUGGGCUCAUUAUCUGCUCUAAUCGUGUGUGGAAAUCUUCUUGUAAUAGUCUCCAUCAUUUAUUUCAAACAGCUCCACACUCCCACUAACUCUCUGGUCCUCUCGCUGGCUGUGGCUGACCUGCUUGUUGGAGUUUUAGUCUUUCCUUUGAGCAUGAAAUUCACUGUUAGUGUGUGCCUGUUCUAUCAAGAUUUAUUCUGCAAAGUACGAGACAGCUUCGAUGCAACCUUGAGCACAGCUUUCAUUUUGAAUUUGUGUUGUAUUUCCAUUGACAGAUACUAUGCUGUGUGUCAGCCUCUGACAUACAGAAGUAAGAUGAAGGCUCAUGUUACUGUGAUCAUGAUCCUGGUAAGCUGGAGUGUUUCUAUUCUCGUUGCUGUUGGCUUUCUUGUUGCAGGAUUAAACCAUGAGAAAUGCAAAGGAGAUUGUAUUUCUGAUGUUCUACUUGCAAACAUUUUGGGACCAGCACUCUCAUUUUAUCUCCCAGUGAUUAUAAUGCUCUGCAUCUACCUGAAGAUUUUCCUCGUUGCACAGAGACAGGCACGGAGCAUCCAGAACACAACCAAGUGUGGAGCAACUGUGAGUAAGAUGGAGAAGAAGGCCACUAAAACACUGGCAACUGUUCUGGGAGUUUUUCUCAUGUGUUGGCUGCCUUUUUUUCUUUGUUUUAGUUGUCAGCUAUUGAAACAAGUGUCAGUGCCACUUGCUGUGUAUGAAACACUUAACUGGCUGGCACUGUGCAACUCUAUGCUAAAUCCCUUUAUUUAUGCUUUCUUUUACAGUUGGUUCAGGUCAGCUUUCAGAAUGAUAAUUUCAGGAAAAAUAUUUCAAGGUGACUUUGCUAACACAAAACUCCUUUGA